UUAGAUUAUUUGAGAUUUGAGGUAUGAGUUAAAUGAGAGAAAUACUUAUGGAUUUUACAUGAAGGGAAUAGUCAGAUGACCCCAUCGCCGGGCGGUUCGUAUUCCUCGACGAUCAUCGUAAGCAACGUAAAAUAGAUAAAAUUAGUAAAAUAGGCUGGUUGGGGAUCUUUGAACUAACCUUGGAUAUAAAGACAAGCUAACCGCCACGUAAGUUCAAGGCCAUCAGACAGUACCUUCCAGCAUAUCAAGAAACAUGUCCAUCGGAUACCGUCGUUUAACAUCGGCAACAGAGGGCUUCCUUUCAUCAGCUUCAGCGAGGGGCUCAUCCACUAUCUCUCCCAAGAGGUCAAACCAUGUUACACCUCCAAAAUCUUGCAACACAUCGUCAACAACAGUAAACCCCGCACAACUAGAUCAAACCCUGACCCUCUCUGACGGCCGCACCCUCGGUUUCGCCGAAUACGGCUCCCCACGAGGAAAGCCGCUUCUCUACUUCCACGGUUUACCAGCAUGUCGCUAUGAGAUCAACUUCCACGAACUGGGCCUCCGGCAUGGUGCCCGAAUCUUCGCCCUAGACCGACCUGGAAUGGGGCUGUCAACGUUUCAACCAAACCGACAACUCCUUGACUGGCCCGCCGACGUCAAAGAGUUCACAGGCAAACUGGGUCUAAACGAAUAUCGGGUUCUUGGUGGCUCCGGUGGAGGUCCGUACUCACUUGUAUGUGCAAGGGCCUUACCUAAAGAAAACCUGAAAGGGGUAGGGGUACUCGUCGGAUUUGCGCCCUUUGAGGCCGGCACACAGGGAAUGUCUCUCCGUUCACGAGUCCUAUGGAACCUGGGGAGAUGGUUCUCAGGUCUGGGGCGACUGUACACUGAUUGGACUAUUGUACCGGCUGCUCACCAUCCAGACCCGAAGGUCCUUGAGGAGCUACUAGUGAAAACGGUGAAGAAUCAUUUCAACGAAACGGAUUCGUCGGUCUUUGAGGAUGAGAAGAUCCUCCAACAUACAGCGAAGAUUGUACGGGAGAGUUUUGUACAGGGGUCUCAAGGGUAUGUUCAGGAGUGUAAGAUCCUUACAAGGCCGUGGGGCUUUGACUUACGAGAGAUUGGGUUCCCUGGGAUUCGGCUGUGGUACGGUGAUAAUGACCAGCAUACGCCGAUUCAAAUGGCUCGGUGGAUGGCGGAUAGGAUCGAGGGAUCGGUUUUAACCGAGUGGAAGGGUUACAGUCACUUUACUUUUACGGACAAUCAUACUGAACAGGUUGUGAGAGGUAUGAUGGAAACAUGAAUAUAGUGUGAGAUAGGAACUUCGAUGUACAGUAUAGUCGUUAUUUGGAGAAUCUCUACUCUUUCUUUUCGCGGACUGAUGACUGAUGACUGCAUAUCAGGUUCUAGGUGAACACACAUCAAGGGAACAUACCGAACUCAAGGAUUCUAGCGCUGUCCCAAGUUUUUCAAGGGCGCUUUCCCCAAUUUGCCUUGAAUCAGCAAGGUGACCUGUUUUGAUGCCACUGUA